AUGGCGGCUGCUUUUUCAGAUAUCGACGCACCGUAUCAACUCAGCUUAGAAGAGCUGUGUUUUCGAGCUGGGGCAGCUCGAGGGUGGACAUAUGUUGAAGGACCUGACCUUGUGGACCCGGACAUUGCGGCUGCAUGCUCGAAUCAACUCGAAUUCAUCUCAAAAUUCAAAAGGCAAUGGGUAUCUGCCUCGCUCCACUCGCUAGGCAUACCGGAGAAAUGGAAGCCAAUUGGAAAGCGCACAGCGUGGAACCUGCAGGAAUGGCUGCACUCAACCGCCUUGAUGCCUUGGUUGGAAUCCAUCGAUACACACAUAACCUGGCUUUCAGAAGGCCAAAUUGCGUCUACUCACGACGAUCUUUCGUCAUUUGCUCCCGACUUUCUGCUCCGUGCCCCUCUAUCGGCCAUUCGUCGAGGUGAAGGAGACUCACCAUUAUCCAAGAAUUCUUUGUACGCUUUUCCAUUCUUCCUCGAGAUCGUUACAUACCCAGGAGACGAGGAUAAUGCUGCAUUUGCGAUCACAAGUUUUUUUCUAACAACCCCAGGCUGCGUGCUAGUUCCUAAGCUUCGACUGGACUUCCCACCGCCGCUCCAAGGAACCAGUGAAUCUUCAUCGGACGCAUUUGGGCUUCUGAUGGACUCUUUCAAUCCAACGCCCUCUCCUGUAGAACUCAUGAAGGCGAACCUUUUCGAGCCUGCACUUCUCGUAGGAAUGAAGGGGCCUUCUCUGUGGCCUUCGCACAUAUCUUCUCGUCCAACAUCUUCCACAAUCCCUCCGACAUCGAUGGAUCAGAAAAUUCGUCAUCUCUCUCAGAUCAUACAAUCGAGCUUGGACACGCAUCUUUUGAACUGGUGUCUUCGUUGCGAGCAAAAUGUUCAAACUAAGGUUCCUCUCCCGUUUGUUUCUUCUUCCUCCCUACCCCCAUGCUUCAUGAUAUUUGGAAUACUGUACGAUGCCGAUGGUCUGGUCAUCGUUGCUCACAUUCCAUAUCCAACUGCGUCUCCAGCUAUGGCGAAUCACAUACCUAUGACCGGCGUGGAUCGACCUAGCUCACUGGAUCCAAGCGGGGAGUCUCCGAUUCUUAGCAAUUUAAGGGCUGCUUUGGCACUCUCCUCCCUACAAAGACAUGCCUUUAUGAUGCUUACGCUAUGGGAAAGGGGCCCACUGCUAUUGUCGAUGUUUUCACUGAACAAGAGUAACAAAGGUGGGACCUGCGACAACUAUGUUGGCAACGAGGAUGGGAGCAGAGAAAAUGAAGACAGGGGUAGAAUCCAGGCCCGCGAUGACUAUGUUAGCGAUGAGAAUGGAGGCAAACGGGCAAGCGAUGCACACGCGCAACAGGACAGGGAGACCCGGUCCAGAGAUCGACAAGACAAUGACAAUGACAAUGACAAUGACAAUGACAAUGACAAUGACAAUGACAAUGACAAUGACAAUGACAAUGACAAUGACAAUGACAAUGACAAUGACAAUGACAAUAACAAUGACAAUGACAGUGACAAUGACAGUGACAGUGACAAUGACAAUGACAAUGAAAAUGAAAAUGGUCAUGAAGACGAAGACGAUCACCAGGAGGGCGAUGUCCACGACAAAGAAUGCAAUAACAAUGCUCAUGGAGACAAGAAUGGCUUCGACAACAGAGACAACAAUUUCCUUGACCCAGUCCACGAGAAGGUGGUUCAUGCAAGGAAUCAGUAUCUAAAGGUGUCUAAUUUCCUAAUUGGGAGCAACAUAUUGAAAUACUCUUUUGCUGACUUUCUAGCUGCUUUUAUAAGGGAUAUAGAAAGAGAGAAAUAUGCAUUGAUCCCCCCAGCCACUUUGUUGGCAGCUUAG